AUGAGGUGGAAAAAUGCUGCCUCAACAAUCUCAAUCAUUGUUUUGUGCUCUUCCUGUUUAGUGAAUAGCGAAGACUUCGAAAUCGAGUCGACCGAUUCACUGGUUGAAUGUGUACAAUGCGUCCAAUUAUGGAAAUCGGCAUCAAUCAAAGAGUCAAAAGUGUGCUCAAAUGGUGCAACGACGUGUCGCGGAAAUGCCUGUUUUAUGCGCCAAUGCAAGCAUUGUCCCGUCUAUCAGUACAUGUCAGGUUGUGUGAAUCUCUCGCCAUGGCAAAUUGCCGAUCUCGAGUUGAAUCGAAGAUCGUCUGAACUCAAAAUGAGAAGAGUUGGCGCGGUUCUGCUAUGCGAAGACACUUUCAAUCAAACCACGUGUAUUUGCAAUAGAAGAGACAAAUGCAAUUCGAUACAUUCUCGCCUUCCGUUUGCCACAUAUUCUGAAGGUUUAUUUCGUGGAAUCAUCAACUUUGAUUCCGUCAUUGCUUCAAUCGAUCCAAGAUAUCUCGAAGUAAUGUCCGGAUAUCAUUUUCGAUUCCUUUCAAGCCAAUCUCAAACAAUUUCAUGUGGCGUAUAUCUAAUAGCUUCUCUGUUCUAUUUGUUUUUUAUUUUGUGA